AAGGGGCAGCAUCUUGGCUGCAUUAGGAGACAGACUGGGUAAUAGCUCGCUCCCAACACUAUUUAAAGCCUUUUUGCUGCAGUGAGGAAAGCAUCCAGAGUGCUCAGCUGGACUCCAGCAUCACACAAACACAGAUCGCCUGAGGACACCUGGGACCAGCUCGAACAAGGCGCCCCCCCAGCUCCACGCAGAUAAUUGCUUUCUUCAACAGAGGGGCUUCAACCUCCAAACACUCGGCGGAUGUGAAUGCCCUUUCGGAUAUCUCCAUCCUUUGACGUCACCCUUUAUGUGGUCACCCACUGUUCAUCUCCACUGAGUGUCAACUAAGUGAUGAACUUCAGCAGGGAGGUGACCCGGCAGACCAGUUGUUAUACGUAUGUGAUCGAGGAUGAGGAACCAGCCCUGGCAAUCCUUAAUGUGUUCGAGUUGGCCGAGAAGGGUGACCUGGCUCUCCUGGAGAACCUGGUGAGGAAGAGCCCAGAGGUCCUCAGUGAUAAAGAUGAAUUGGGAGCCAGUCCCCUUCAUCAUGCCGCCGCAGGGGGCUACGUCAACCUCAUCCAAUUCAUCACAACUGUCAUGGACCCUCAGGAGUGGAACAGCUGUGAUGAUCAGGGCAACGUGCCUCUGCACUGGGCAGUGGAAAAAAACAAGCAGGAGAGCUGCAGGGUUCUGCUGGACCUGGGAGCUGACCCCAACAUCCUCAACACGGCCCUCCUGUCCCCUCUGCACCUGGCUGUCAGCCUGGGACACAACAACCUGGUGGAGCUGCUGCUGACCUACAACGCCACAGACUGUAAUCUACAGGGAGACCUUGGGAACACCCCGUUGAUUCUGGCCUGCUCCAUCAAUAACUGCGAGGCGCUCAGCAUGUUGAUAACGCAUGGAGCGCGGCUCUGCCAACAGAACAAGCUCGGCCACUUCCCCAUCCACGCAGCUGCCUUUGCAGGUGCAAAGAAAGCCAUGGAAGUGGUACUGAAUGCCGGUGGGAAGAUAGGCCAUGAAACUGAAGCUCACAUCAACUACAUAGACAAGUCAAAGAGCAGCCCCCUCCAUCUGGCUGUACGUGGUGGAAAUAUUGAGGCCAUCGGUCUGUGCAUUGCUAUGGGGGCCAAAAUUGACCAACAACAGAAUGACAGAUCCACGCCGCUUCAUUUGGCUUGUACCCAGGGUGCUACCGAGGUAGUCAAACUGAUGCUAUCCUCCAUUGACCAAGUGGAAGACAUCAUUAACCUGACUGAUGGUGCAAAUCAGACCCCCCUACACAGGGCUACAAUAUUUGACCACGCUGAAUUGGCAGAGUACCUAAUUUCUUUGGGUGCAGACCUUAACUGCUUUGAUUGUAAAGGGAACUCUCCCUUGCUGCUUGCUACUAGUUGUGGAGCAUGGAAAACGGGGACUCUGCUAAUAACUAAAGGGGCAAAUAUCAAUGUGAGAGACGGAUUUGGCCGUAACUUCCUCCACUUGGCCAUUCUGCAGCCUAAAGGUCUGAAAAACCUCCCAGAAGAAGUACUACAGCAUAACAGUGUGAAGACACUACUGAGCUGCGAGGAUAACGAGGGCUGCACCCCGCUCCACUACGCGUGCAGACUGGGGAUCCACGACUCGGUGAAGAACAUGCUGGGCCUCUCGGGGCAGGUCGGCCUCGCAUGCAAGUCCAAGGACAAGAAGUCUGCCCUGCACUUUGCUGCUCAAUAUGGGCGCAUCAAUACGUGUCACAGGUUACUGGAGACCAUCACGGACUCUCGACUGCUAAAUGAAGGGGAUGAGCGUGGCCUGACUCCUCUCCAUCUGGCUUCAAAGGACGGACACAUCAAAGUGGUACAGCUCCUGCUGCGCAAAGGAGCUCUCUUUCACAGUGAUUACAAAGGCUGGACUUGCUUGCAUCAUGCUGCAUCUGCAGGAUACACUCAAACUAUGGAAGUCCUUUUGUCAGCCAAUCCGAAGUUAAUGGAUAAAACAGAUGAGGAUGGGAACACUGCACUCCACAUCUCAGCGAGAGGGGGUCAUGUGGCUGCAGUCCGGCUCAUGCUUGGCCGUGGAGCAGUGCUCAUCUUAAACAAAAAUGACACGUCAUUCCUCCAUGAAGCUGUGCAAAACGGGAGGACAGAUGUUGUCAAUGCUGUGAUUGACAGUGACAGAGUGUCUGAGGCUCUGGGACUGUUCACCCCUGGCUCUAGCCAGCGUUGUGUCAUACUAGAUAUGAUUGAAUUUCUUCCUGAAACAUACAAGCACCUUUUGGACAGCUGUGUGAAGGAAUCUGAUGAUGACUACAACAGUCCCGACUAUCAUAUCGAAUACGACUUUGGAUUUCUCCAAGCUCCUCUUACUAGGGUGAAGAAGUCAUCUGACAAUAUAAUGAAGGCUCCUCCCCUGGCUGCACUGAACGCAAUGGUGCAAUACAACCGCAUUGAACUCCUCAACCACCCUGUCUGCAAGAAGUACCUAGCAAUGAAAUGGGUUGCAUAUGGGAGCACUGCUCAUGUGAUCAACAUGUUCAUGUACCUGUUAGGCCUGCUGCCCCUCACUCACCUGAUCAUAAAUCUAAGGCCCACCCUGAACACCACGGAUACAGGCGAGCAUGAUAUCGUCAUGGUUCCCAUUUCUUUCAUUGAGCAAAGCUUGCUCCUGUCCCUCUGCAUGGUGAUGGUCGUGGUUAUGAGCAUCUACUCCUUAGUGAAGGAAGUGGUGCGGAUAUUGGAGCAGCGAUGGAAAUACUUCAAGGACUAUUCCAACCACAAUGACUGGUUUUCAGCCAUCUUGUCCCUCCUCUUCAUCAUUCCUGUCAUCCUCAACGUAGAGGGUUCUCUUCACUGGCAAGCAGGGGCCAUGGCAGUGUUGAACUCCUGGGUCGGAUUUCUCCUUUAUCUCCAGAGAUUUGAGGGCGUUGGCAUCUAUGUUGUGAUGUUUGGGGAGAUCAUGAAGACAUUGCUGCGUAUUGUAAUGCUCUUUAUGUACCUGCUGUUAGCAUUUGGUCUGGCCUUCCAUGCCCUGAUGCUCAACCGGAAAGAGUUUGACAGCGUGCCGCUCUCAGUGAUGCAAACCUUUGUCAUGAUGGUUGGGGAACUGAACUACCAAAACAACUUCCUGGAACCGUUUCUGAAGAACCAGCUUCCUUUCGGCCCUCUGACUUACUUCAUUUUCGUGAACUUUGUUCUGCUCAUGCCGAUCCUACUGGUGAACCUGAUGAUCGGUUUAGCUGUUGGAGACAUUGCUGAAGUACAAAGAAAUGCAGCCCUAAAGAGAAUAGCUAUGCAGAUCGACCUCCACACCGCUCUGGAAGACAAGCUGCCUUAUUGGUUUUUAAAACGAGUUGACAAGCCCUCCCUGAUCAUCUACCCAAACCGCAAGUGCUCCAAGCGCUUUCUUGUUCACCUUUUCACGGGUGAUGCAGAGACACAGGAAGUGUGGAGUCGUAUGCAGGCCAAGUCACAGCGCUGCUCUGUGAUACAGAACGAGCUCGUGAAGCAGAAGAAAAGGAUGAAGGAGAUGUCAAGCAUGAUGGAGAAGCAGCACGACCUCCUGAAGCUCGUCAUCCAGAAGAUGGAGAUCACCUCGGAGGCCGACGAGCACGACGGCCCUGUGAACGUCAGGGGCAGCAUGUGGCCUAGCCUGGGUCAGGUCAAACCGAGAGGACACAGUGUGUCUCGCUGGGUCCCUCUGAUGAAGGCCAUCGAGGCUAAAAAGAAAUGAGGAGCAUCAGACAGAUAAGAAAUAUUUAUAAAGUAACAGAUAUAAACUAAAGAAGUCUAUUAAUCGUGGCAUGACAUACACAAUAUAUUCAAUAAUUUAGAGAUUUAAAACUUCAUCUACUAUAUACAGCUUCUGUAACUUGAGUGCUCUUGUUAAGGGGGCUCAUGCAGCUUUUUUUCCAUUAUGCACACAUGUAACUGUUAAUCUAAUGCUGCUCUGUGUGUCUAUGUGCAAUAUGUCCUCUAUUGUGUCUUAAAUAUGACUUUUCAUGUCUAGUAUUGCCUUGUUUCAUCAUUAAACAUGUAAAUUAUCUAAAAAGAUACAAAACAAAAUCUAUAGUCUCAGCAGUUUUUUUUAAACAAGUUUGAUUUUGUAAUCAAAAAGACUAAAACUAGAACUGCAGGAUGUGAAUGCUAACAGUUUUAAUGAAUUGAAAUCAAGGUGAAGGAAGCAAAGAAUUUCUCCAGUUUAAUAAAAUCUUACAUAUACAUCAAGACGACCAUAUUUGGACAAUUGUUAGUACCAACACAUGAAGAUAUUUAAACCCAUCAGUAACUGUGAAUCACUGAGAUUCUUCGCCUUGUCACAACUUUCUUUAAGACUUUAAACAUUGAUGUAUACAACUUGUAAACAUGUUGACUGAUUCUAUGACAAUCACAAGACUUUAUUCUUUCAGAUUAAAAAUGACACGACUCCUUUUUUAAGGUUUUAAA